AUGCGGACACGCGCAGCCCCCGUUCCCGUGCGGAGCGGGCGUGCGUGGCAGAGGCGCGUGUUGCUGCGUUGGGCGUGUGUCCGCGUCCAUAUCCUGAGCACGGUGGAGGCCCAGGCUCCCAGCACCCCAGGGCCAUCGGGCUGUGGCCCCGUCCCCAUCCCCGUGGCCGUGCCAGUAGUGGCGGUGCCAGGGCCGGGGGUGGCGGCGGCGCUGCCCAAUGGGGCCCCUCCAGGCCCCACCACGGCCGACGACAGCAAAACCAACCUGAUCGUCAACUACCUGCCCCAGAGCAUGAGCCAGGAGGAGCUGCGGAGUCUCUUUGGCAGCCUUGGAGACAUCGAGUCCUGCAAGCUCGUCCGCGACAAGGUCACCGGGCAGAGCCUGGGCUACGGCUUUGUCAACUACGUUGAGGCGGGUGACGCCGACAAGGCCAUCAGCACCCUCAACGGCCUCAAGCUGCAGACCAAGACCAUCAAGGUGUCCUAUGCCCGGCCCAGCUCUGCUUCCAUCCGUGAUGCCAACCUCUACGUGAGCGGCCUCCCCAAGGCCAUGGGGCAGAAGGAGAUGGAGCAGCUCUUCUCCCAGUACGGCCGCAUCAUCACCUCCCGCAUCCUCGUCGACCAGGUCACAGGUGUCUCGCGGGGGGUGGGCUUCAUCCGGUUCGACAAGCGCGUGGAGGCAGAGGAGGCCGUCCGGGGGCUGCAUGGGCAGAAACCGCUGGGUGCCGCCGAGCCCAUCACCGUCAAGUUUGCCAACAGCCCGGGCCAGAAGUCAGGGGGGGCCCUGCUCAGCCUCUGCCCCAGUGCCCGCCGCUACGGUGCCCUGCACCACCCGCCCCAGCGCUUCCGGCUUGACAAUUUGCUGAAUGUGGCCUACGGCGUGAAGAGGUUCUCCCCACUGGCCAUUGAGGCAGUGCCAGGGCUGGCUGGGGUGGGCCUGGGGGCCCCCGGCGCUGGCUGGUGCAUCUUCGUCUACAACCUGGCGCCCGAGGCGGAUGAGAGCGUCCUCUGGCAGCUCUUUGGGCCCUUCGGUGCUGUCACCAACGUCAAGGUCAUCCGCGACUUCGCCACCAACAAGUGCAAGGGCUUCGGCUUCGUCACCAUGACCAACUAUGAGGAGGCGGCCAUGGCCAUCGCCAGCCUCAAUGGCUACCGCCUGGGUGACCGCGUGCUCCAAGUCUCCUUCAAGACCAGCAAACAGCACAAAGCCUGA